AUGUAUGUAAAGAAGCAAGAUACGAGUGAUUUUCUGGUAGUUUAUUUGUAUGUUGAUGACAUGAUUUAUAAGGGAUCAUGUGAAACUUUGGUGGCUGAAUUUAAAUCAUGUAUGAUGAAGGAGUUUGAAAUGUCAGAUUUAGGUACUUUGCAAUAUUUUCUUGGUCUUCAAGUGAAACAGGAAAAAGAUGGGAUUUUUGUGUCACAAAGAAAGUAUGUAAAAAAUCUUCUGCUCAGGUUUGGUAUGCAGAAUUGUAAAGUGGCUGCAAUACCCAUGAGUGCAAAUAAAAAAUUGCAGCUUGAAGAUGGCACCGAUCCUGCUGAUCCAAGUUAUUACAGAAGCUUGAUUGGAGGUUUGAACUACCUGACACACACUCGUCCUGAUAUUAUAUUUUCUGUUAGUGUGUUGUCUAGGUAUGCGAGUAGUCCUAGUAAACAACAUCUUGGUGCUGCUAAAAGGGUUUUGCGAUAUGUUGUUGGGACCGUUGACUUUGGGAUUUGGUACUCUAAAGACAUAGACUUGAGCCUGAUUGGUUAUAGUGACAACGAUUGGGCAGGAAGUAUAGAUUACAGAAAGAGUACCUAUGGAAAUGUUUGCAGCUUGGGAUCUAGAGUAAUUUCAUGGUGUUCGCAGAAGCAAGACGCGGUUGCAUUAUCAUCGUCGGAAGCAUAUUAUGUUGCUGUAACUUCAGCAGUUUGUCAGGCUAUAUGGUUGCGAAGAUUGUUAGUUGAUGUCCGCCAUUAG